CGCAGGAAGUACAUAUCAACGCGAGAACCAAGUGAGAUGAAACACCGACAAGCGCAUGCGCAAAAGAGGAAAACCUAAAUUCUCUUCCGGUUCACGUCUCUGACUACAUGAUGGCUGUGCGUGGUGGAAACGUGUCUCGGAAUACCCAAGAAGAUGCAGUUUGUCAGCUUGAGGACGACAACAAACAGAGCGAUUCAGAGGGAGAAAGUAUUAACGAAGACUCUGGCGAAGGAGAACACACAGACAGCCAUGAUGGCGACGAAGCGGAGAGUGAAAAGGACGAAGAUAACGACGCGGAGGCCGUUGGCGGGUGGGCAGAUGCCAUGGCAAAGAUCCUGGGGAAGAAAACUGCGCCGAACCAGAGCAGCAUCCUGACUAACAAGAAAGCGGUGACGGAGAGAAAGGAGCUGCUGGAGAAAAAGAAAGAAGCAGACAAGAAGUGGAAGUGGGAAAUGAUGUUUCGAGAAAAACCGGACAUCGUGCGGGACCGCGAGCUUGAGAAAGCCCUGCAGAGGACCGCCACCAGGGGGGUGGUGCAGCUCUUCAACGCCGUGAGGAAACACCAGAAAAACACGGGGGAGGCGCUGAAGGAGGUCGGUGGGUCUGAGAGAAAGAAGGCCAAGAUUAUAUCCUCCAUCUCAAAGAAAGACUUCAUCGACGUGCUGAGGCGGACUGAAGAAGGAACCAAGGUUUCUGUGAAGAUGGAGAAACCUCCUCCUGUGUCUGAGCAGAAGCCUACGUGGAGUGUCCUGAGAGAGGACUUCUUGAUGCAAGCAAGCAUGAAAGACUGGGACAAAAACAGUGACACGGAGGAGGCUGGGCCCUAUGAAUGAGGAAGGAACAGAUUUGAACUCAAUCUUCCCGUUUAGGUCUGAGUUCUGAAGCUCCUGAUGCCCUGAGAAACUAACUGGCUAAGUUUGGUUUCUUCUGUGUUCAUGACCUGAAAGAAUAUAAACAAUCUGAAAUCAGCAUUUUCAAGAUGCUCUGCUGCCAAAUGUGUGUGCGUCCUAUUUUUGUUUUGAUGGAUGCAGCUGAAAAUAUGUCUGAUAAAAUUGAAGAAUUGCAAAUUUUGUAUUUUCAGAGUCUAUUUUCUGUUUCCCUUUAUUAUUAUUUUUUUAAAACAAAAGUCAUAAAAUUGAGUUUAAAAGUGUAUGGACCAGGCUUUUCAUUCAUGUUCAGUAUGACGGUCAUUCCAGGUGUUUAAUAGUCUGCUUUAGCCACGACUCCCAAUGUUGACGUUUUGAUAGAUCCAACCUCCAUUUAUUUAUUCAUUUUAUGGGAUACAUGUUUGGCACUGACUACAAAAAAAUAGUCAUAUUUAAAGGCCUCAGCUUUAGUCCUCCAAACAUUCUUCUGUAUUUUUUCCAAAAAGCUCCAUCUCAUGUAAAAACUUAACCAUAAUGUUCAAAUUGCAAUCAAGACUAACGGUAUUAAUGUUUCAGAAGAUGCCUCUGUUUUGCAAUUUUUAAGAUUUUUGAUAAGUUGUGCAAUAAAAAUACAUUCUUUAUUGUU